CAACAACAACAUCAUCAGCAACAACAUCAACAACAUCGUCAACAACAACAACAUCGUCAUUAUCAUCAUGGUGUCUCUGUUGGGUGGAGGUUUGCUGGGGAAUCCGCUGAGUGGAGCGUUGGAAGACAAGGACGACAAAAAAGAUGGAGACGAAGAGGAAGACCCUGAGGUGCUGGAAGCCAAGAGGGAAGCGGAGGAACGAAGAAAUGAAAAGUACAGGAAGAUGGAGGAAGAAAGGGAAACCAUGAGGCAAGGAAUUAGAGAUAAGUACCACAUCCAGAAGAAAGAAGUUCCAAAGGAGGACCCUGGGUUGGAGGGCAGACUUGGAAGGAAGAAGAGGGAUGAUGAAGGAUCGGACCCCCUCCACCCGAGUGCGUCUGGCACACAAGCCACAGGCUUCCCGAAGAACCUGGACGACCUAACGGCCAAGGUGAAGGACCUGCCGGGCACCGUCAUGACGACAGUCACCGAGGCCACCGAUAAAUGUUCCCUUCAGUAAGGAGCCCUCAACUUUCUUUCCUACGUCGCUUGCACUGUCUCUGAAUUCUGCAAUAACUUUUUUAAGACGAAGCUCUGUCGUCACGUUUGUCUUCAGUUUUGAUUAAUCGGCGAACCAAUAUUUUUGAUUAAUGUUUAGUGAUGUUUCAAAAUUGAAAUUAUUUUUAUAGUUGUAUCAGAUAUUAACAAGAAUGAUUGGUUCUCGACAUUAGAAACAAUCAUUCUAACGAAUUAGGACGUUCGUAAUUCUUCGAGCUCUUUCAAUAUUCCAGCGCGCAC